AGUUUUAGUACCCAGGCUUUGUUUAUCCUGGCCGGACCCGGUGCCCAGGGUCUGAAGUGUUUACUCGCCGGGUCUCCUGGGUCGGUCCAGCGGCUGGUACCCUGGCGUGGGGCCCUCAUUUGCUCUCGCCAUGCCCGUGGCCGCCGCCCCCAUCAUCAGCUCGGUCCAGAAGCUCGUGCUGUACGAGACCAGAGCUAGAUACUUUCUAGUUGGGAGCAAUCAUGCAGAGACGAAAUAUCGUGUCUUGAAAAUUGAUAGAACAGAACCGAAAGAUUUGGUCAUAAUUGAUGAUAGGCAUGUAUAUACUCAACAAGAAGUGAGGGAACUUCUUGGCCGUUUGGAUCUAGGAAAUAGAACAAAGAUGGGACAGAAAGGAUCCUCCGGAUUAUUUCGAGCUGUUUCAGCUUUUGGUGUUGUAGGUUUUGUCAGAUUUUUAGAAGGCUAUUAUAUUGUGUUAAUAACUAAAAGGAGGAAGAUGGCAGAUAUUGGAGGUCAUGCAAUAUAUAAGAUUGAAGAUACAAAUAUGAUCUAUAUACCCAAUGAUUCUGUACGGGUCACUCAUCCUGAUGAAGCUAGGUAUCUACGAAUAUUUCAAAAUGUGGACCUAUCUAGCAAUUUUUACUUUAGUUACAGCUAUGAUUUGUCCCACUCACUUCAAUAUAAUCUCACUGUCUUGCGAAUGCCCCUGGAGAUGUUGAAAUCAGAAACGUCCCAGACUCGUCAGGAGAGCUUUGACAUCUUUGAAGAUGAAGGAUUAAUUACACAAGGUGGAAGUGAGCUGCUGAUCUAUGGGCGACCAGUGUAUGUAACCCUAAUAGCUAGAAGAUCCAGUAAGUUUGCUGGGACCCGUUUUCUCAAGAGAGGUGCGAACUGUGAGGGUGAUGUUGCAAAUGAAGUGGAGACUGAACAAAUACUCUGUGAUGCUUCCGUGAUGUCUUUUACUGCAGGAAGUUAUUCUUCUUACGUACAAGUUAGAGGAUCAGUUCCCUUAUACUGGUCUCAGGACAUUUCCACUAUGAUGCCGAAACCACCUAUCACAUUGGACCAGGCAGAUCCAUUUGCACAUGUGGCUGCCCUUCACUUUGACCAGAUGCUUCAGAGGUUUGGCUCCCCCAUUAUCAUCUUGAAUUUAGUGAAGGAGAGAGAGAAAAGAAAGCACGAAAGAAUUCUGAGUGAAGAACUUGUCGCUGCUGUGACCUACCUCAAUCAGUUUCUGCCUCCUGAGCACACUAUUGUUUAUAUUCCUUGGGAUAUGGCCAAGUACACCAAGAGCAAGCUCUGUAAUGUUCUUGAUCGACUGAAUGUGAUUGCGGAAAGCGUGGUGAAGAAAACAGGUUUCUUUGUCAACCGUCCUGAUUCUUACUGUAGCAUUUUGCGACCAGAUGAAAAGUGGAAUGAACUGGGAGGAUGUGUGAUUCCCACUGGUCGCCUGCAGACUGGCAUCCUGCGAACCAAUUGUGUGGACUGUUUAGAUCGCACCAACACAGCACAGUUUAUGGUGGGAAAAUGUGCCCUGGCUUAUCAGCUGUAUUCACUGGGAUUGAUCGACAAACCUAAUCUACAGUUUGAUACAGAUGCAGUUAGGUUAUUUGAGGAACUCUAUGAAGAUCAUGGUGAUACUCUGUCCCUUCAGUAUGGUGGUUCUCAACUUGUUCACCGUGUAAAAACCUAUAGAAAGAUAGCACCGUGGACCCAGCACUCAAAAGACAUCAUGCAAACCCUGUCUAGAUAUUAUAGCAAUGCUUUUUCAGAUGCAGAUAGACAAGAUUCCAUUAAUCUCUUCCUGGGAGUUUUCCAUCCCACUGAAGGGAAACCUCAUCUUUGGGAACUCCCAACAGAUUUUUAUUUGCAUCACAAAAAUACCAUGAGACUUUUACCAACAAGAAGAAGGUAUUUUUUCUUCUUAGUCUAUAAUGCAGUAUCUCUCUUAGUUAUCUGUGCUGCAAACUUAAAGAAGUUGAUAGUGAAGAAAUUUCACAAAUAUGAAGAAGAGAUUGAUAUCCACAAUGAGUUCUUUCGGCCAUAUGAAUUGAGUAGUUUCGAUGAUACCUUUUGCUUGGCUAUGACAAGUUCAGCACGUGACUUUAUGCCUAAGACUGUUGGCAUUGAUCCGAGUCCAUUUACUGUGCGUAAACCGGAUGAAACUGGAAAAUCAGUACUGGGAAACAAAAGCAAUAGAGAAGAAGCUGUAUUACAGAGGAAAACAGCAGCCAGCGCCCCGCCACCCCCCAGCGAGGAGGCUGUGUCCAGCAGCUCUGAGGAUGACUCUGGGACCGACCGGGAAGAGGAGGGCUCUGUGUCUCAGCGCUCCACUCCGGUGAAGAUGACCGACACAGGGGACAGUGCCAAAGUGACUGAGAAUGUGGUCCAGCCCAUGAAAGAAGUAUAUGGAAUUAACCUCUCAGAUGGCCUCUCAGAAGAAGAUUUUGCCAUUUAUUCAAGAUUUGUUCAGCUGGGGCAGAGUCAACAUAAACAAGACAGGAGCAGCCAGCAGCUCUGUUCCAGGUGUUCAGAUGGAGUUAUAAAAUUAACACCCAUCUCGGCUUUCUCGCAAGACAAUAUUUAUGAGGUUCAGCCCCCAAGAGUGGACAGGAAAUCUACAGAGAUCUUCCAAGCGCACAUCCAGGCCAGUCAAGGUAUCAUGCAGCCCCUGGGAAAAGAGGACACCUCCAUGUACCGCGAGUACAUCAGGAACCGCUACCUGUGAGAAGAGCACAGAUUCACGUGGUGGCCCUGGGGGAACCAAGAAGGUCACGUUUCAUUAGGUUAGAAUCUGUUUUGUCCCAUCUUAAAAAGUCAUUUGCCAAAAGUCCUUUGCAUCGGCAGCUACUCCCUCUUUGUAACUCCCAAAUUCCAAAUGAUAGGUAAGAAAGGAAUGACUCGAUAUUUUGC